CGAAAUUAAAAUAACCAAAAAAACCACUCUCAAUUUCUGAUAAUCACUUUCUUUUUUCUCUCUCGCCAACGCUUCAUUCAUCUUCCAAUUUUCGCUCUCAAAAUUUUCCCCCAUUUUCGUUCUUGCUCGCAUCUUCAACAAACCCUAGCGCUUCUCUUCCUCACCGGCGACACUCGGAGAUGUCAAUGGAAGAUUUGCGCUCCUUCGAAAUCCUUUCCAUGCUUCUUUCCGCGUUUUUCCGUUACAGUAGAUCUCCUCGAAUACCGAAAAAUUCUAUACACAAUACGCAAAGAAAAGCUAGUUUCACCCCUGCGUGUUAAGGUUUCUUCUUCAAUUUUCUAUUCUCAGAUUUUCCUUUAAUUUUCCCCAAUUUUAUGGUCAAAAUUGGAAACAAAAAAGUAAGAUCGUUGACUAACGAUAACGAUUUUCUUCAUUCGUCAAAUAUUUGUUGUUAGUUUGAAUCUGAAAGAUAAUCGCUGUUAAAUCAAGGUUUAAGUCUGAGAAAUUUUACUGCUAUGGUAUGGUAUGAUAUGAUAUGCUUCUAGGGUUUAAAAUCGUGAUUUCGAAAUAGGUUAUAGUUUAUUGUUGUUGGAAUUUCGGAGAAAAAUAUUUUUCUAUUGUUCUAUUUGUGUAUUCUUGGCUCUUGAAGUGAAGUGUGUGUGGUGUUGAAUUUUGCGUUUGGUGUUUUUGGCUGAGAAGUUGAAAUGGGUGGAAAGUUAGAAUUGGGGCUAGCGAAGAAUGGUACUCUCGAUCCGAGAGAGAAAGAGGCCAGGAUUAUACUUAGUCACAUUAGGGCUCAAGGUCAUCCCUACAUUGAGUUACGUGAAAAUGGAAAGAAAUUCAUAUAUUUCUGUGUUUUGUGUCUUGCUCCGUGUUACAGUGAUAGUGUUGUGUAUGAUCACUUGAAAGGGAAGCUUCAUAGGAAGAGAUUGGAUUCUGCUAGAGAUACUAUGUUGAAACAGAAUCCGUGGCCUUUUAGUGAUGGUCUUAUAUUUUUUGAUGCUUUGACUGAGAAUGAGAAAAAGCCGGAAACUACAAAUGCCAUCCAGAAUGACAAUCACGGUAGUUUUGCUAUUGUGUCGUUUGGUGAAGAGGCUCAGUCGGAUGCUCAACCAAUUGCAACAGAUGAUACACAAUCUGAUGAUUCUAUGUUGGUGAUUCCUCGUUUGAAGAUUGCAACUGAAGCUAUUGAUGUACAUGCUAGGAAAGUUGGCUUGGGGAAGAUAUCUGCCAGGUUUGCUCAGAAGUAUGGCUCUUUAAAUGGGAAUGAAAUUAGAAGAAUAUGGUGUGAAUGGUUAGGUAAAGAGGAUAGUCAAGAAGAUGACAUUGAUGUUCAAGAGCAUGAUUUUGCUGUAGUAGUUUUUCCUUACAGUUAUGAUUUGGGUCGAGACAAAGUGCUUGAGGAUACUAAGCCAUUACUUCCAUCUGCAUCUAUGGCAGAACUGGAAAAUGGAAGGGAAAGUGGUCGAAAGAGAAAAGCACCAUCUUCCGACCCUGAAGAUGUUAGUGAAUUUUUCCGUAAGCAUUAUGCUUCUUCUGCAGAAGAGUCUCUACCUUUGAGGAAUGCCCCCUCGACAUCAGCACUUGAUCAAUCCGACAGUCAGCUUUUUCGCACCAAGUUUGUUUCAAACAGGGCUACUAGGAAGGCAAUGAGACGGCGAGAACGCUUGGCAGCAGAGAAAGUAUGCAACAUCUGUCAACAAAACAUGAUUCCUGGUAAAGAUGUUGCAACAUUUUUCAAUUUGAGGACUGGAAGAGUAGCUUGCUGCAGUCGGAAUCCAACUGGGGCGUUUCAUGUGUUUCAUACGGCCUGCGUCAUACACUGGAUACUCUUAUGUGAAUAUGAAAUAAUCACAAAUCGUUUAGUUAAUCAAAAUGGUAGUCAAGAAGGGAAGAUAAAGAAUGUAUCCGGUAGUGGUAAAGAAGACAGGGAUAUCAAACAUGUUUUCUGUCCAGAGUGUCAAGGUGCUGGUGUGAUCAUUGCAGAUGAGUUGGAGCAUCCAAAAUUUUGUUCUCUGUCCCAGAUGUUUAGAUUGAAAUUAAAGAUAAUUCUACAACGCAAAGAAUGGAUCAAGAAUUCUGAAGAUUUGCAGAAUUGCUCGAUUGGGUUUGAUUUCCCUUUGGAAUAUGAAGAGAUAGCUGAGGAGAAAGUGGAGCCAUUAAAAAUGUUGCAAUUCUAUCGUGCAGAUGAUGAGCGCAGAUGAUGAGCGCGUGGUGAAUUAGAAUUGUGUGAAUGUUACAACAGAGUUUGUAGACAGCUGUAUAUCUGAGUACAUACAUUGGCUUUGCAUUUUAAAGAACUAUGUGUAGCUUUUUAGGUAAAUGUAGAUUGGAAAAGACGAGUUACAUAACCUCGUAGACAGUCUCCAAAUUUAAUAUUGUGUAUGUACAUGUUCUUAGGACAAAUGUGUACAUGGUAAAGGAAUAUCAAAUAUGGUUUCAGAGUUGCAUUCUUA